AAAUGUCUGGCAAAUGUAUAGCCGUGAAGCACUGUCCUUGACACAAUAGCUCCAACGUAUUACAAGUUGGAUGGCAAUACUCAAAAGAAGCCCAAGCUCCAGCUUUGAAACAGAUAAGUGCUUGAGCGGGAACACUAAUUACAAAGUGUAGUGCUCAAAAUGAUAGGAGAGCGCUGUAUGCACGUACAAAGCCCGGGUAAUUAUACAAUACGAUCCAUCGAAUAGAAAUAGCAACCGCAGCGCCACUACUUAAAAACUGCGGAGAGUUCCUUUUCCGUUCGCGCGGCGAUUAGAUAUGUCAAAACGAAAAGCAGCAGUAAAAGUUGGCGGCGGCUGUAUUUUCCGGGACGCACGCUGCGCAAGACAUGAGCAAGGCCCUCGUCACACGCGCGUGGGACGGUUGUCGGCAGAAAUAUACAAGCAACCGGCGUGUGCGCACGCUAUUCAUCGCCACAAGAUUGGUCGUUUCAACGACCCAAGCUCUCUAUUUGCGACAAGGAAGCAGCACAGCUAUCGCAUUUCUCUCUGUACGGAUGUCUUGCUUGGCCAUGGCAGCUUUCCAGCGAGACACACCUAAGUGCCGAUGGACUGCGCGGAGGGUCAUUGUGACUGCAUUGGCGGCGUUUUCUGCUAUUUCACAAAUCCAGGCUCAGGCUGCACCUGGAGAUUUCGAGCUCUGGGGCACCGCUACGGGUGCUAAGUCAGUCGAAGUCGUGGUCUUUGUACCAGAGAAGAAGAAUGGGCCGCUGGACUUGUGCUACGGCACACUGUCGGGUCCAGACGAAGAACGCCACUUCAGUUGCGAUGACCACGGAGGGAAGUCAUCCACGAUCACCUUGAAAGGACUGCAGCCGGAGACGGAGUACAACUGCACCGUCACAUUCGCCAACCUGCUGGACGACUGUGACUGUGACGAAGCGGCCACAACAAGGUCUAUCUUGAUAACGACGCAGGCUGAACCAACGGAACCGGAUCCGAGCGCCACCACUGGGCCCAACCCAACUGAAGCCGCUGCGGCCAUGGUUUCUUUACCGACUCCUAUAGGGAUCAUUUUCUGCGUGUCAACACUUCUCGCUCUGGGACAGCGACACUUAAACAACUAUUGUAUAAUUCGAGGAUCAGAUUAAAAAGUGGUUUCUGAAAUUCACACCCAUCAUAGGUUGAAAAAUAAGCAAACAGCACACUCUGGAUGUGCAAGACCUUCAAGAAGGCAAUUAGGUAACAAGAAGGUUCAUUGUGUUAAAAAAGAAGUGGCCUACAAUGUAUCGUACACUCAGUACUUGUUCGGAGUGUUUAGUUGUGCGGUGCCCAAAGAUGAUCCGCCUGAAGUGGAAGCACAGAAAACACAUUUCACGUGUUUCGAUGCUUCAUUUAUGGAUCUCAGCAGGUACACGAAUAAGUGUGUAGCGCUUCCACCUUCUUUUCAUGGGUUGUGCGUAGCAAGCCAAGCAAGCAACUUGCUUGACUAAAAGAACUUGUCAACGGACUCAUUGCUAAACAUAUGUGAAACAUGCACUGCCAAAAACUAGAACAAACACAGAAAUGAAACAGAGGACGGACGGUCGGUAUCCCGCAACCAGUGUGUACAGUUGCCGCGAAUUCCUGAGCGCAUAGGUGAAUGGUUUUCAUUCUUCAGUUUGCCCAUUUCCUCGCGAAUGCACAUGAAUGCAUCUAAUCAUCUUGCUUGGGGUUCCAAGCUAAAUUGUGACUGAAUUAGCAGCGCCACCAUUCUUCGCUAAGCUUUGGCGACGGUAACGCAAUGAGUAAUCUUAUGAUGUGUAAUUUGUGACUGGUUAUUUCUUAUAUACUAGGAUGAUUAUUUUGAUAAUUUUAUACCCGUGCCAUAUCCGUAUCUCCUCCGUAAAUCGCGAAAUCUUAUGGCCACAUCAUCAGACCCAUGUAUUGACGAUCUCUAUGCCAACCGCCAUGACAAAUUAUAGCAAGACACAGCAUAUAAUGUUGUAAUAACUGCACCCCAAUUGAAACUCCGUAGCCAACUCCACUAUCACUUUUUUCCCUUGCUGCAGCUUUGUUCUAAUGACAAUAAAUCAAGCGGGCGUGUUCGACGCGGAAGUGUCAGUUUCGGAUGGGGCGUUAUCACUUACUAUAUUCAAGACUACAUACCUCUCGUGUCCCUUUGGCUGAUACGUUCUGGUGGAAGGACCACAAAUGGGCACAUUCAUUAUCACAUACGCAAUGCGAUGAGAAACAGAGAUAAAUCAUAAGGGAAAAGCAGGGAAGUUAGCCCUGCUGAGUUCGGUAGGCUACCAUGCACUGGUGAAAAGAGAAUGAGGAUCGAAAGAUGAGAAGGAAGAGAGAAGUUUCCAAUUUUACAUACACACAAUCAAGCGUUCAUCGCUGAGUCAGUCAAAAACGGUCGCACAUAUUUAAUGGAUUGGAUUGCUAGUUUUUUUUUUCUAACCGGUCCCAAUACGCCGAGUUCAGUUGCGCAAUGUCACCAAGUAGUUUCUGGGGUUCCCGAAGUAUCAGUUCAGGGUCCUUUAUUGUCUUUAAUUUAUGUGAAUGACCUUCCAAAAAUUUUUUUCUUCCAGCAUUCGUCUUUAUGCGCACGAUUGCGUCUUAUGCGACCCGGCUGAUUCUGUGACUUGUCAUAAGCAAACGAACAAUUCUCUUGCCUCUUUCCGUGCUCGGUGUGAGACAUGGAAAAUGAACACUAAUAAAAAAUACCGGUUGUUUUGUGCUUCACAAAAAGAUCGGCCCCAGUAAUUGCGAUAUAUUCCUUCAAUGAAUCAUAUUUAACCCGAGUUCGACAAUAUAAAUGCUUUGAAGCAACAUUCACUUACAAUCUCUCAUGAUCUGCACAGAUUGGCCAAUUGUGCUCUAAGGCCUUAAAAUAACUUAGACACCUACGUCGUACUAUACAGAAGGCUCCAAUGACUACGAAACUCUUAACGUAUGUAACUCUUGUUCGCCUCAUUAUCGAUUGUGCGGCCACUGUGUCGUCACCCCAUAACCGAACUAACAUAAUCAAACCACAAGCAGUUCAAAACGAAGCCAUCCGGUUCAUUUUUCAGUGGCAUGACCGCUAUCCUGCCCCCUCCCUUUUCUUCCUUCCCUACGCUGAACCUAACAACACUUUGCGUACGUCAUGACAUGGAAUCAUGAAAAGUUUUGCAUAAUAUAAUUAACAUGUCCCAUCAUGCUUCCCAGACAGCUUGCUCAUUUUUCGCCAAGCCUUCUGCCACGCUUAACUUCCACGUGUUAAAUCGUAUCCCCUUUUAUACCCGUACACAUACUUUCAAGUACAUCGUCUUUAUCCUCAUUAUAGAAGUAUGGAAUCCCUUACCUGGCUGCCUUCGUUCACUCCAGAUAAGCAAAUUUGAAUGUCCUCUUAUUAAAAACCAGUGUGCAUAACUGCUUAAAUAUUGUUCGGUUUAUGCUUUUCUGUAUGUAUUUCACUCUUUCGCCGCUUUUAGUAUUGAAUAAAACAAUUGUCCAGGGCUCUGGAUUUUGUACCAAUAUUUAGUGCUGCCAAUGUUAUAAUAGCCAUUGUUCAUACCACUUCAUUAUUUGUUCACCGCUGUAU